GAGAAAACUGCAACAAACCACCCGAAGACCCAAAUGAUCUGUGAGAAGGAUAUUGUGUUUUUCUCCGUCAUAAAUGUAAACAGGGAUGUGAGGUGUUGACACGUAUAUAUAAUAGGACAAACACGCCAAGCGCUUUCAGAGCUGUUCGUUAAAGCAAAAUGUGGAAUGGACUGCUGGCAGUUCUUCUUUUAACCUUGUUCCUGAACAGCCUAUCUACAAGUGUGCAGUGUUCUUCUCCUGCUGAAGUCACUGCUGAUGACCAGAAGCAGCAGGUGAAAGAUACAUCACAGGACUGUCCCGUGUACCUGGUGGACAUGACCACAGGUGGGGAGCCUGGAAUCAGUUAUCCCACAACCAAAUCCUCCUCUUCUAAUGAAGGCACAGAAAAAACACAGAAGCAUCAGGAGCCUGAAGACUCUCCCAGGGCUCUGACAGAGGAUGAAGGAAAGGUGAGCACAGACCAGCCAGUGGAUUCACAAAAAGUUGAAGAAUCUGCAGAAUCAGCAUUGCCAAGUCUUGAUUGUAGCCCAGCUGUAGAGAAGGACCUACCUAAGGACCAGCAGACUGAGCAUGUACCCCAGCACACAGAUAAACCAGUCCCCACCACUCGACUGAAGCAGACAGGAGGCUCAGUCAAACCUGACAUCUCACCACUGAAGGAUUCUCAGACUCAAGAUGCUGUUGAAUCUAACGAAGAACCUGCUGUAAUGGUCCAGCCUCUUACAGUAACAGAGAUCAGUGCUGAUGCUGACAGGACAAAAUCAAAAACCAUAGGGGAUGAUGUCAUUCCUAAAUUAGAUGGAGAGAUGGCUGGAGAUGAGAUUCUGGACAUACAGGAGCAGGAAACAGCAGUGACUGGUACAGGGGACAGUGUGAAGAGCAGAAUUCAGCAGUGAUUGGUACAGAAGAUAGUGCUGCAAAAGAGGGGACAGCAGUGA